UAUUUACGGCGUGAAGUAUUGCGAGUCUGUCUCGGUCUUGUCUUCUUUACACAGAAGUGAAACUACACACAGGAAGGGUGGCAAAAUUAUUGAUUUCUAGUUACUGUUCCAGUAAGGUAUCAAAGGAAACUAUGGCUGAUGGAAAUGACGUAGUGUAUGCUGACCAGCCGUGCAAAGUGCUUGAAAGUCUUUUACCACCUUCUCCAACUUGGUAUACGUCUUAUGGUUGCGACGGGAAUGAAAUUGGUGUAUUUGUGUGUGCCUCUCGCAACCACCUCAACGUUUUUAAAGUAAAUAACCUGACCACAGCAGCAGAACAGGCGGUGGAUUCGGGCGUUGCGUCAAUGAGUAAUGAAUUAAUAAGUUACAAUUUACUCGCUUCUCUGUCUCAUAUCGAAAAAGUGCACGUUACAGCUUUGGGGCCACGACACAGAAUAGCCAAAGACGACGACUUGGUCCUCGCUGUUGCAUGCUGUGAUGACGGAACCGUCCACCUGUGGGACGUAUUCAGUCAGAAAGAAAUACAAUAUCAUGAUAAACAUAAAUCAAAAGUCACUGCUGCAGCAUGGUCGUUGUCUGAACCUGAUUUUGUCAUCACUGGUGAUGAAAGGGGCUUUAUUGCUUUAUUUAAAUUUGAUACAAACUGUUCUUUAAAGUUACAUCAUCCUGAGAAAUGUCAGGUCUCCUGUAUGACUUUUUCUCCUCACAAUUUGGAUCUAUUGGCUGUUGGCUAUAAAUCUGGAAACAUUAUUUUAAUGAAUGUAUCUACCACGUCAUUAACAGUUGUAAAGAAAUUUCCAGGCCAUCAUGAUGACAUAACAUCUUUGGUGUGGUGUCCCCAGCCUGGGGAACAGUUUUGUGCUCAGAAACCCAAUGAAGCAGAAACAGACACAAAUACUGAAAGUUGCCCAACCACAGAGACUGGCCAUUUAUUUGCUUCUGGUAGUAAAGACCAGAAAAUCUGUGUUUGGAGUACUAAGAAAGACUAUUGUUUAACUUCAAUGUCCCUACCAAAUAAUGUUGGUAUGAAACGAGAAAAGUCUUCAGAAACUAUGCGGCUGUGGGUAGCUCUACACUGGCCACGAAAACAUCCUCACACUUUAGUCUCCUCUGUAUAUUCAGGCGUAAUGCUCAAGUGGGAUCUUAGUUAUCCUGGGAAAAAGAAGUUUGUUAUUUUCAGUGCUGCAUCAAACUGUUCUCAUAAUCGCAUUGUUUUCAAUAUUGCUUCACUUGGACUUGACCAUAACAUUUUGCUGACCAAUUCACAAGACAGAAAUAUGAUUUUGUGGGAUGUUGACAAAUGUAAAAGCAUUCACGUUGUAUCUACAUUUGGAGGGUUUGUAUAUGAUGUGCAUGCUGUUCCCUUGGAUCCUGGGCGAAUUGCUCUUGGCAUUGGUGAUAACACCAUCAGAAUUUGGAACCGUACCAAAGAUUCUAAUCGAUUUCUUGUACAAAUUUGGCAGAAAAUUAAAUCCAAAGUGACUGUGGUCCGAUGGCACCCCACAUAUGAAGGUCUCCUUGCUUAUGGCACUGAUGAUGGUCGAGUGGCUACUGUUGAAGUCAAUUCUCACAAGCCUCCUUCAAUAUGUCCAAGCUACCAUUCUAAAACUGUGUACUGUCUUGACUGGGGAAAGCCAACAUACAAAGCUGGAUCAACAAAUACCAACCGAUCUUUAUAUAACCUGUAUAGCCAAGGUGAAAAUACAAUUCUUCAGCAUUAUAUUAAUUCUUCAGAACCUGCCACUAACGUUAAUCAUAUAAUUCUGCAUACCAAUGGAAAAAAUGAUUCUGGAACCUUCCCAAAUCGCACUGAGAUUAGAUGGAGCCCUGAUUUCUCAUUGGUUGCUAUUGGUAACAUUGAUGGGUCUGUCGAGAUAUUUCUUCCUCCACAUUUACAGUUACUGUGUACGAUAAAUAUUUUCUCUAAAAUCAUCAAUUGUAUCAGCUGGCACCCUUUAUACACCACCAGCUACAACAUGAUGUCUACCUGCUCCAAUUGGUUAGCUAUAGGCUCCAAUGAUUCUGUUGUACAUGUUGUCGACCUCACUAUUGUCAUUAAAGAGAAGGUUUCAGACAGCAACGAAAUAGUAAUAAUCACUGAGAGUCUUCGCAGCCUGGAAGGUCACAGUAAAAGAAUCACUGGUCUGUGUUGGAGUACGCACAAUGAAGGUCACCUAGUCACGAUUUCUUAUGAUAAAACUGCUGUGGUGUGGGACGUUAAGAAAGGUGAGGCCUUAGCUCAUUACCGAGGCCAUUCGGGUCGGUUGAUGUGUGUUAGUUGGAGUUUAACUGACCCUAACCUCAUAUACACUGGAUCCGAUGAUUGUUUCCUUCAUGGAUGGAGAAUGUCAGCACACCAUUGUCAACCAAAACUUAACAUCAAGAAAAGUGUGAAGGUGAAGAAACGUUCGACAGCCAAGAAAGCAGGUGGGUCAGUUGCUACUGCCGUGACCACUUUGGAGAAAAACAAGGAAUUAGUUGGAAAUAAAGAAAGAUCAUCCUCACCAUCUACAGAACUGUCUGAUGUUCAACUUGGAAUUGAAACUGGUGAUUCUAUUUCCUCUUCUAACAAGACAGUUCUUGCAACUGAAGCUUCUCAAAAUCAUGAUGGUAUGAUCAUAUUAUUUUUUUAG